AUGUUAUCCAAGAAUCCACCAUUCGCCCUACGAUGGCGCGCCAACACCCUUUUCAUCCUUACCACUGUCGCUGUAGGUCUGUUUACCGACUUGUUUCUUUACGGACUCGUCGUCCCUGUACUGCCGUUUAUGCUCAAAGAGCGCAUCAACCUCUCCGACGACAAAGUCCAAUCCUACGUCUCUGCACUUCUGGCUGCGUACGCAGGUGCUAGUGUCAUCUUUUCCAUUCCCAUUGGAAUCAUCGCCGACAAGACCAAUGCGCGCCGGACGCCUUUCCUCUGCGGCCUUGCGGCGCUCCUGGCUGCUACCCUCAUGUUGGGCUUCGGCCAGAACAUCUCCAUGCUUGUCGUCGCCAGAAUCCUUCAAGGUACCAGCGCAGCGGUGGUUUGGACCGUGGGGAUGGCUAUGGUGCUUGACACUGUCGGGCCCAAACAUCUGGGAAAGGUGGUUGGAACGAUUUUCUCCUUUAUAUCAAUUGGCGAACUGGCUGCCCCCGUGCUCGGCGGAGUCCUCUAUAGUAAAAUGGGCUACGCCGGAGUCUUUGGACUGGGGUCAGCAUUACUCGCCGUCGAUUUCAUCCUCAGAAUCCUGGUGAUUGAAAAGAAGGUCGCGGCCAAAUACGACAGUUCAUUGCAAACGGCCGACAGCGCACGCGAAAGUGAAGCCGGGGAACGCGAGACUGACCGCAACGGUGCCGGCAGCGAAGAGGAAGCUCUGUUGCCGAAGACAGAGGACGAAGACCACCGACUCCCCGAAGGCCAAAACAGACUCAUCCGAACUCUGCCUAUCCUUGCUUGCUUGUCCGAUCCACGGCUCCUGGUGGCACUGCUGCUGGCCUUUGUCCAAGCAUUCUUACUAGCCACCUUCGACGCCACCAUUCCCACCGAGGCCCAGACUCUGUUCGCCUUCGACUCUCUACAAGCAGGCCUUCUCUUCAUCGCUCUUGACGUUCCGUAUCUCCUUCUUGGCCCUUUGGCAGGCUGGGCAGUGGAUAGAUACGGCACCAAACCUGCCUCAAUGUUCGGGUUUGGCUAUCUUGUUCCCGCACUCAUUCUCCUCCGCCUCCCUACGGAUCAUGUCACGCCCGGUCGCACUGAGAAUAUUGUCCUUUACUGUGGCCUUCUAGCUCUGAAUGGGGUCGGGCUUGCUGUCAUUGGCUCCCCCAGUAUCGUCGAAGCUAGCGACGUGGUGCGGAAAUACGACCAGGCCAACCCAGGCCUCUUUGGCGAAAAUGGCCCGUACGCCCAACUAUACGGCUUCAAUUCUCUGGUGUUCAGCGCCGGACUGAGCAUCGGCCCCGUUGUCAGUGGGGCUUUGAGAGACUCGGUUGGCUAUGCCAACAUGAACAAUGUGGUUGCUGCCCUGUCAGCGCUCACGGCAUUGUUGUCUCUCUUAUAUGUCGGCGGGAGGCCGAAGUGGACAAGAAGAAGCAGAUAG